UUUCCCGUUUCCACCGGUGCAAAAUCAAAGAUUGAACGAUAUUAAAGAAAAUUAACCAAGUGCUGAGUGGAUCAAUUGGAGUCAGAAAACAAUUGCCAUCUCUAUUGAAUUGUCGUUCUCAAUGUGGAAAAACUGCUAAGUUCGAGGGCCCUGCCUCUGGAAAAAUCCCAACAACAACGAUUAAAGGUGGAUGGAAAGUUAUGAUACACCAACGCACACACACAUCUUAGGUUAGUUUAUCCCACCAUCUCCAUAAAUAAACUUUCUACUUGUUUGAUUGAAACAGCCAAUUCCUAAUCUAUAACCUCAGAAAGUCGCAAACUGCAUAUAUGGGCCUCCCAGCAUCUUCCUCAUCCUUGUGCCUCUCUACUAUUAUUCAUUUCUUGUGCUUCAACUUGCCAGCAGCCUCUUCCAUCCACAGCAACAAUGAGACAGAUGGACUUGCUUUGCUGGAAUUCAAGGCCAAAAUAAGUGAUGACCCUUUUGGGUUCAUGAGCUCAUGGAAUAGUACUCUUCACUUCUGCCGCUGGUAUGGUGUCACCUGUGGGCGUAGACACCAAAGAGUCACAAUCUUAGACUUACAGUCCCUCAAACUUUCAGGUUCCAUAUCACCACAUGUUGGUAAUUUGAGCUUCUUAAGGGAGUUGUACCUUGCAAACAAUAGCUUCAUCCAUGAUAUCCCUCCUCAGAUUGGCCAUUUACGCAGACUGCAAAUUUUGUCUCUUUCUAACAAUUCAAUUGAUGGUCAAAUUCCUCCCACCAUAUCUAACUGUUCAAACCUUGUUAUCUUUGAUUUGGCUAACAACAAUCUCGUCGGAGAAAUCCCUGUGGAGCUUGGUUCCUUACUGAAGCUCAAAGAGAUCUAUUUACAUGACAAUAAUUUAGUAGGGACUCUCCCACCAUCUUUAGGGAAUUUGUCGUCCCUUCAGUUGCUUGCUGCAUAUGGAAAUCAUUUGAAUGGAGAUCUCCCAGAAACUUUAGGCCAAUUGAUCAGUCUACAAUCUUUAACAAUUUUUGAAAAUGGAUUUUCAGGUACCAUCCCUCCCUCUGUCUUCAAUCUUUCUUCGAUCACGGAAUUAGACGUGUCAUCUAAUCAAUUCCAAGGGAAUCUUCCCUUGAGCAUUGGAAACUCUCUUCCAAAUCUCCGAAUUUUUUCUAUUGGUGAUAACGAAUUCACUGGCACCAUUCCAACUUCAUUUUCUAACGCCUCAAAUCUAGGAUUUCUUUAUCUGCCCCUAAAUAAUCUCACCGGAAGUGUGCCUUCUCUUGGCAAGUUGCAUAGGCUUUUAGCAUUACAGAUUGGCGUCAACAAUUUAGGAAGUGGGAAAGCUGAUGACUUGAGAUUUCUUUCCACCUUAACUAAUGCCACAGCUUUACGAAACAUCGGCAUAGGCUACAACAACUUUGGAGGCGAACUUCCUGAACACAUCGCCAACUUCUCAAAGGUGCUCCGGUUCUUUGUCAUACAGAACAAUCAGAUAUCUGGAAACAUCCCAAUUGGAAUAAAGUUCCUUGUUAACUUGGAAGUUUUCGCUGCAGACAGGAACAAACUUUCAGGUACCAUUCCAUCGGGCAUCGGACAGCUUCAAAAUGUAAAAUUACUUUACCUUGCAAUAAAUAAUUUAUCGGGAUAUAUUCCAUCAUCUCUGGGAAACCUGACAAAUUUACUUGAACUUUUUUUAUAUAACAAUAAUAUUCAAGGUACCAUCCCUUCAAGUCUAGGCAGUUGCCAAAAAUUGCUCGGACUAGAUUUAUCUACAAACAAUCUUAGUGGUCCCAUACCCCCACAAGUUAUUGGACUUUCCUCGUUGUCACAAGUUCUUUCUUUGUCUCUGAAUAAUUUGUCUUGUUCCCUUCCAAAAGAAGUAGAAAAUUUGAAAAAUCUAGGGAUCCUUGACCUUGCUGACAACAUGUUGUCAGGGGAGAUUCCCAGUGGCCUUGGCAGUUGUACAAGUCUAGAAUUGUUAUACUUGGGUGCCAACUCGUUCCAAGGGUCCAUUCCCUCCUCUUUCGGUUUAUUAAGAGGCAUUAGAGAGUUAAAUAUUUCUCAUAAUAAUUUGUCAGGCAUGAUUCCAGAGUUUUUAGAGGGCUUCAAAAUACAGCUUUUGGAUUUGUCCUAUAAUGAUUUUGAGGGAAUGGUACCAGUACAAGGAGUUUUCAAGAAUUCUAGUGCUACCUUUGUGGCAGGAAAUAAAAAUCUAUGUGGUGGCAUACCUGAUUUUGGGCUAUCAGUGUGCAAGGUUGAACCGUCAAAGAGGAGACCAAAUGCAAAAUUAAAGACCAUGAUUUCUGCAGUUUGUGUGGGUGUAGGCGUUGCACUUUUGCUUAUUUCUUUGCUUCUUUGCCACCAUUCAAGAAAAAGAAAAGGAGAAUCUGCAUCACUAUUUGAUGGGAAUUCACUAUUGAAGUUGUCUUAUCAAAGCCUGCUUAAAGCUACUAAUGGAUUCUCUUUAGAAAAUUUGAUUGGUACGGGUAGCUUUGGAUCUGUAUAUAAAGGGAUUCUUGAUCAAGAAGGAAUGGUAAUUGCAGUUAAGGUGCUUAACCUCAUGCGACGAGGAGCUUCAAAGAGCUUUGUAGCCGAAUGUGAAGCCUUGCGAAAUGUCAGGCAUCGAAAUCUUGUCAAAGUACUCACAGCGUGUGCAGGAAUUGAUUAUCAGGGCAAUGAUUUCAAAGCAUUGGUUUAUGAAUUUAUGGUUAAUGGGAGCUUAGAUGAUUGGUUGCAUCCAAUUCUUGGAUUAGAUGAGGUGCCAAGGACUUUAAAUGUUAUCCAAAGAUUGAAUAUUGCCAUCGAUGUUGCUUCUGCGCUUGAGUAUCUUCAUUAUCAUUGUGGAACACCAUUUGUUCAUUGUGAUCUAAAACCAAGAAAUGUCCUUCUCGACGAAAAAAUGACUGGACAUGUAGGUGAUUUUGGGUUGGUAAAGUUUCUUUCUACUAGGAUGCUUGGCCAUUCAACAAAUCAAUCUAGUUCUCUUGGAAUAAGGGGAACUAUCGGAUAUUGUCCUCCAGGUAAUGAGUAUGGUGUGGGCAAUGAAGUAUCAACACGUGGUGACACAUUUAGUUUUGGAAUACUCUUGUUGGAGAUGUUUACGGGAAAGAGGCCAACCGAUGACAUGUUCAAAGAGAAUUUGAGCCUUCACAGUUUUGUCAAAAGAUUUUUGCCGGAACAAGUAAAAGAGAUUAUAGAUCCCAAUCUUUUUGAAGCGCAACUCAAUGCACAUAGUAACUACAAUUUUAGGAAUAGCGGAAACGAUAUAUUCAUUGAAUGUUUGAUUUCAAUAUUAGAAAUUGGAAUCUCUUGCUCUACAGAAUCACCAAAAGAGCGCAUGAAUAUAAGUGAUGUCGUUGCUCAGCUCUCUUCCAUUAGAAACAAACUCGUUGGAACUCAAUUACCAAGGCGGGGAGAGACUGUACUCAAGAUUAAUGACUCUGACGCGGAAUGCCUGUUGAUUACCAUGAAGCAUAACUUGUUAUACCUACUCUAUGUAAUCCUUAUAUAUGUUUGUAAUGCUGCAUCUUGCUUAGUUAGUACUGUGUUUCCUUCAUGCAUAAAAUGUUUUUCUUAUUUUAACUCUUUACACCCCCAAGAUGAGAUCUCAUUAAAAAAUAUUGCAGUAUCUCUUACGUUUAUAGUUUAUAUGAGAUCCACCUCUACAAUUUCGAAUGGAACUCAUGUAUUUGUAAGCGUAGGAUGUACCAAAGAGAUUCUCCUUCAAUUGCAUCUAUGAUAAAAUUUCAAGCA